UCCGAGUGGAGCCAACAGGGGGAAAACGCUUUGACAGAGCUGACCUAGCAUGUUUAGAGCCAAGCCAGGAGAGGACUAGGUGGAGGAGUCCCUAUCCUGGAGUUUUCUAGGCUCCUGGAAAGGUGUCUGACACUGCCUAGGGCAGAAAGUUUGAGCUUAGCAGAAACGCUGAGCAGGGACAGGUGGUCGGGCGGCGCUCCAGAGCGCUCGGAGCCCAUAGUAAGUGGGUCUGUGUCAUCCAGGAUGGGUUGAGAGACAAAGGAUACCAGCAGACUCCAGGCCAGCGCAGGCCACACAGAGCAGAACGGGCAGCUGGGGUCCGGAGGUGCUAGGAGGACCUGGGUACAGAACCUGAGGAGGUCUUAGGAGCGUAAAUACGGGUUUCCGCUUCCCUCCAGGGCGCUGGGUGAGGCAGUGAGGUUCGACGAGGUAGCGCCGCUAUGUGGCCCCCGGACGCAGAACCGGAGCCCGAUCCAGAAUCCGCGGACGGCCCCCGAAGUGGCCGGACGGUGCCGGGGCUCCGCGCCCUGUUACCCGCACGCGCCUUCCUCUGCUCUCUCAAAGGCCGCCUCCUGCUGGCCGAGUCGGGUCUUUCAUUCAUUACCUUCAUCUGCUAUGUGGUGUCCUCAGCAUCUGCCUUCCUCACAGUGCCUCUCCUGGAGUUUCUGUUAGCGGUUUACUUCCUCUUUGCUGAUGCCAUGCAGCUGAAUGACAAGUGGCAGGGUUUAUGCUGGCCCAUGAUGGACUUCCUGCGCUGUGUCACCGCUGCCCUCAUAUACUUCGUCAUCUCUAUCACCGCUGUUGCCAAAUACUCAGACGGGGCUUACAAAGCAGCUGGCGUUUUUGGCUUUUUUGCCACAAUUGUGUUCGCAGUUGACUUCUACCUGAUCUUUAAUGAAGUGGCCAAAUUCCUCAAGCAAGGAGACUCUGGGAACGAGACCACAGCCCGUAGGACAGAAGAGAAUUCCAACUCGGACUCAGACUCUGACUGAAGGCCUGUCUGCACCUGGCAACCAGAGCCAUUCGCCCCCUGCCCCAUACUUUCCUGAUGGGGCUACAGGAGCAUAGCAGGGAUGCCCAGGGGAGAGCAGACUGAGGAGCCAGCCUCUGGAGAUUACACUCCAGAGGCCUCACUUUCACACCCGGCUGUGUUGGCUUGGCACUGCUGAACCAGCACGGUGAAUAUCCUACCUUCUUCUGAUUCUGUCCUGAAGACCUCGAGCCCUUUAAGCUCACCGCCCACACAGAAGCACAGGUGAAAAGGAGCCAGUCACUGCAGUUCAUGUGAUAGCACAGGGCAGGCUGGGACCAUUUACUAAUAAGGAUUGACAAAACCGUAAGCAGGCUGGGCCACCAGCCCCAGGGGGCUCUGUGUGGAGUGCUCCCUUUCACACCUGCACUUUGUUAAGAUGACUUUCAGGAAUUUUUGUUCAAGAAGUUUCCCUCCUCACUGUGAAGCAGAGAAAAACCUAGCUAGCCAACCUAGUCCUCCAUUAUGGGUCUGAGACCUUUUCAGAAAAGAGCCCAAAGAUUUGUUUAUUGGGGCCAACCAGUACAGUGGUUGGCAGUGACCAAGUCACAAGUGGCUGGGCAGGCCCAGUCACUCUCCUCAUGGGGAUGCUAAAAGACAGUGUUUCCUCUGGACACUUGGGCAGGUCCGUAGUGACGUGGGCCUUCUCUUUGUUUACUUGGGGGCUGAUACUGUCUAUGUGUCUUUGACGGUGUUUUCUAACUUUUUUAAAUUUUUUUUUUUUAAUGCAAAAGCAAUGUAAUGAAUGGCAUUUUCUGUGACCCAAGAGACCCCAAGAAUAAGCCAGACUUCUGGGUCCAUGCUUUGGGCAUUUGUAACCUUAUUAUCUUGCAUGUGAAUCCCCUCCCUGUAAGAAUGCCACAAUGGAUUAAAACAGACUGACUACA